CUUAAAGGGAAAUGAAGAAACACUUCGAGCGACUUCUGCAUUUCAGCGUCAAGAAGCAGUGGGUGAGGUGGACACCACACUGAAGUGUUGGCGAUGUGCUCUCUCUGGGUUUGUCUCUGCACCGUCCUGCUCUCCGUCUCAGUCCACGGUUACAGAAAUGAAGAAACACUUCGAGCGACUUCUGCAUUUCAGCGUCAAGAAGCAGUGGGUGAGGUGGACACCACACUGAAGUGUUCGCGAUGUGCUCUCUCUGGGUUUGUCUCUGCACCGUCCUGCUCUCCGUCUCAGUCCACGGUUACAACAUUUCGCUCAAUGGUUGGACAAUAUCCGGUGCUGAUGUGGUGUCUGCCGUGGAAGGGGCCUCCGCUGUGUUGCCGUGUAGAUUCACCUACCCACCCACUGAUCGCACCCUCACCGGCUCCGUGCUGUGGCACAACAAGUUGUCAUCAGAGCCUCACAGCCUUGUGUUGAGCUGCACAUAUCCCAGUCAUGGCCCCUUCCGAUGCGAUGAAGUGACACAGGAGGCCGGAAGUCGGUUCAAAUUCGUGGGGAACCUCAGGGAGCGAGAUGCCUCGAUAAUGGUGGCGCCACUGAGACGGGAGGACAGUGAUAAAUACCGGUGCCGCCUGGAGCUCAAUGUUGGGAAGUUUGAAUCUUUGAUUCCAACGCAGCUGACUGUGGAAGCUCCCGGCGGGAAUGUCUCAGUGGUGAAUGGGACUGAGGGGGAUUCGGCCACGUUACCAUGUGUGUAUCCGCAAUCCCUGUAUUACCCCAGGGCCCUCGCGGUCACAUGGAUGAGGAAAGAUCCCUACCGACACAUCGUCACGUUCAGACCACAAGCUGGUGGAUCCUGGGCGGCGGAGAACGGAGCAACUCGGUUCGAGCUGGUCGGGGACCCAGUCAAGGAAAACGCCUCAACCAGGAUAAACCAGCUGAGUGUGAAGGACAGUCACGGCUACCUGUGUCUGGUGGAGUUCGACAAAACGGAAAACAAAGAUGUGAUAAAGUACGUCGACGAAGGGUACAAGACCAGCGUACACCCCCCGUACACCCAUCAGUACCAGCGUGAGGUCCAGCUCCGGGUGCGGAUCACAUCCGGGACACCCAUCCAACUAUUAAAUUACAUCCUGCCCAUUCUGAUUCUCCUCCUCAUGCUCUGCAUCCUGCUGAUUAUUAUCCUCUGGAAGAAAGGAGCGUUUUCAUCCGUAAUGGGAUCAGCCAGAUUUUCAAAAGGGAGCGCUGCGAGUCCGGAUGACACUGGCCGAGGGGCACAGCUGCAGCGUGAUUCAGAUCAGGCUGAAUCCUGCACGUACGCCAGCAUUAAAAACAGCAGUGGGAAAGCGAAGAAUCCGCAGACGGAUGAUGAAGGUGAGCAGAAACUUGAAGCUGCAAACUCAGAUCAGGAUGAAUCCUGCACGUACGCCAGCAUUAUCAUGAACAGUGGGAAAGCGAGGAAGCCGCAGGCAGAUGAUGAAGGUGGGCAGAAACCUGAAGCUGCAAACUCAGAGGUGAUCUACGCUGCGGUGGUGACGAGUCGGUAGAGGCUGGAGAAGGGCGAUGGGCACGGAUCCUGGUGAGAGGUGGCCUGCGCCGGCUCCUACCCCUGUCCAGGGCGACCACGCGGCUCGCCCCUCAUCGCCACGGAGAUACCCCACGGCUUUCUGGACACCUUCUGUUUGGAUGCAAAUGACGCUGGCCCCAGCCCUGCUGUAUUCAAUGGUGGGAUGAUACUGUAUUGUCACAUGUACCGAGGUACAGUGAAAGGCUUCGUUCUUGCAUAUAACCCAGUAAAAUCGUACAGCAGACUUCACCGAGACAGCACAGAAGAUCGCCACGUUACUGAUGCCGACUGAGUCAUAAAACUUCACCGAGCCGUGCAUGGGCUGAUCACUGGUUGGCGUGGUCUUGGUUGGCCAAAGGGACUGUUUCUGCUCUGUAUCUCUGAAGUCUCAAAAGUGAGGGAGAGAAGGGGAGAGAGAAAGAGUGAGAGAGAGAGGAAGG